AUGCGCAAGAUCCUUGAAGCCAAUGAGCAAGAUGCUUCUGGAUCAGAGGAUGCAGUCGUUCCAAGAUGUGAGGAUAUGAUGUUCCAUGGACCUCUCGAGAAGUGCCCAGUAUGUGGUGGUCAGCUUGAAUUUAAGGGGUGGAAAUACAAGUGCACUGGCAACUACAGCGAGUGGGCACGCUGUACUUUCAGUACUAACGGCCCUUCAAGGAAAAGUGGUCCUAUAAAAGUUCCUGAUGACAUAAAAGAUGAUUUCAUCCGCAAGUGGCUGAAGCAACAUGAAGGAAAGGAGUUCCCUAAACGUGAUGUUGAUGAAGAGGCCCAUAUCUUCUCCGGCAUGAUGAUUGCCUUGUCUGGACGGAUGUCACGCUCACAUGGUUACUUCAACGAGCAGAUUAUGAAGCAUGGAGGGAAGGUCAACAAUUCCUUGCUUGGUGUUACCUGUGUAGUGGCUUCUCCAGCUGAGAGAGAUAAAGGUGGCUCUGGAGGAUUUGCUGAAGCACUGGAGCGUGGAACUCCUGUUGUUAGUGAGAAUUGGAUAAUUGAUAGUAUCGAGAAGAAGGAAGUUCAGCCUUUAGCUGCCUAUGAUAUUGUUUCUGACCUUGUUCCGGAAGACCUUGUUCCGGAAGGCCGAGGACUACCACUGGGCCAACUUGAUCCAAGUGAGGAGGCCAUUGAGACCUUAGCUGCAGGGGUUAAACUUGCUGGCAAUAGAUCUGUCCACAAGGACUUUAAACUCGAUAAAGAUGGUGGAUGUGUCUUUGAGAAGGAUGGCAUAAUCUACAACUGUACUUUUGCUGUAUGCGAUCUAGGAUGCCAGAUGAAUGAGUUAUGCAUCAUGCAGCUGGUUAUGGUCCCUGAAAAUCGUUUGCACCUAUUCUACAAGAAAGGUCCAAUUGGUCAUGACCAGAUGGCAGAGGAACGAGUGGAGGAUUUUGGUAGCCGUGUCAAUGAUGCUAUUAAAGAAUUUGUUCGGCUGUUUGAGGAGGUUACUGGAAAUGAGUUUGAGCCUUGGGAAAGGCAGAAGAAGUUUGAGAAGAAGAGUAUGAAGAUGUAUCCCUUGGACAUGGAUGUUGGGGUUGACGUGCGUCAUGGAGGUGCAGCACUUCGUCAGUUGGGUUCUGCAGCAGCACACUGCAAGCUUGAUCCUUCUGUUUCUUUCCUUGUGAAACAGUUAUAUGGCCAAGAGAUUUACAGGUAUGCUUUGAUGGAGAUGGCCCAGGACCUGCCUGACCUUCCCAUAGGGAUGCUUACUGAUCUCCAUCUGAAGAGAGGGGAGGAUAUGCUGCUUCAGAUGAGAGGAGAUGCAGAGUCGGUAGCAGAGUCUGGCCCAGAAGCAGAUGCAUUCUGGACUGAAGUCAGCAGCAAAUGGUUCACUCUGUUUCCCACAACUCGACCAUACACGAUGAGGGGGUUUGAGCAGAUUGCUGACAAUGUAGCAUCAGGUUUUCAGACAGUACGUGAUAUAAAUGACGCAUCUCAUCUCAUUGGGGAUGUGUUCGGUUCGACUUUGGACGAUCCACUGUCUGAAUGCUACAAGAAGCUCGGUUGUUCGAUCAAUCCUGUUACUGAAGAUUCAGAAGAUUACAAGAUGAUUCUGAAGUACCUAGAGAAAACAUACGAGCCUGUCAAGGUGGAGGAUGUGGUAAAGAUCUCAUACUUCUCUGCCUGUGGAUCCUAA